AUGUCAAGACUCUCCUUGCCGUCCGGAGAGGACAAUUCCAUCAGGACUUGGCAUUUUGAUCUCAAAGCCGAGAUGCGCACCUAUCGCAGUGUGCGGACGUUGCAUAUUCCGCGAGGGCAUGUACGGGAUUUGCUCAAAUCUCAAUCGCCGAACGAAGAGACCGACCGACAUCCCCGUCUCCCGGGGCUUCUGCCUCCAGACAGACACGCUUCAAUUCGCGAUUCAUCAGCCCAGAUUAUCAAUCCAAACGACGCCGCCGCGACGAGGGAGAAGCACAUCAUGAUGUACGCCUCAAUGUUCCUGUCCGCCAUGUCCUUCCUCACCUCGACAAACAAAAGCUCCGUCCCCUCGCGCGACCAGCCCAGCACUCACGCGAAGAUCUUCAUCCACGGCGAACUUCCUCUCACAUCGAUGUUCUGGAACCUGUCGUCGGCCAUAUACCUCCUGUAUUCGAGCGGCGAUAACGCGUCGCGUUUAGCCCGCCGGAUGCCCUCAAGCAAGUGGUCGUUCCACCGCCUCAGCGCCGUGUCCUCCAUCGACACGUCCACGGCCUUGAAGUCAAUGAGGGUGUCCUAG